GCGCGGACCCCGCCCCUGCUCCCAAGUCCCGCGGCGCGUCGGCGGAGCGCGGGCCGGAGCGCGGGCCCGAGCCGGAGUCGGAGCGCCAUGCCCACCAACUUCACCGUGGUGCCCGUGGAGGCGCGGGCGGACGGCUGCCAGGACGCGGCGGCCCAGGGGACCGAGGGGACCGAGGCGCCGGGGCCCCCCGAGGGCGAGCCCGACUGCCAGAGCCCGGGAGAUGGAAACUCGAGAGAAAACAGCCCAUUUAUUAACCAUGUGGAUGUGGAACCGGAGAACUGCUUUGAAGGGAAGAACAUGGCACUUUUUGAGGAGGAAAUGGACAGCAAUCCCAUGGUGUCCUCGCUGCUCAACAAGCUGGCCAACUACACCAACCUGAGCCAGGGCGUGGUGGAGCACGAGGAGGACGAGGACAGCAAGAGGCGAGAGGUCAAGAGCCCGCGCAUGGGCACCUUCAUCGGCGUCUACCUGCCCUGCCUCCAGAACAUCCUCGGCGUGAUCCUCUUUCUGCGCCUGACGUGGAUCGUGGGGGCGGCUGGCAUCCUAGAGUCCUUCCUCAUCGUGUCCAUGUGCUGUACCUGCACGAUGCUGACCGCCAUCUCCAUGAGCGCCAUCGCCACCAACGGUGUGGUCCCAGCGGGCGGUUCCUACUACAUGAUCUCGAGGUCCCUGGGGCCUGAGUUUGGAGGGGCUGUGGGCCUCUGCUUCUAUCUGGGCACGACCUUCGCCGGGGCCAUGUAUAUCCUGGGGACCAUUGAGAUUUUUUUGACCUACAUCUCCCCCAGCGCGGCCAUCAUCCAGGCGGAGACGGUGGGCGACGAGGCCGCGGCCAUGCUGCAUAACAUGCGUGUGUACGGGACGUGCACGCUGGUGCUGAUGGCCAUGGUGGUCUUUGUGGGCGUCAAGUACGUCAACAAGCUGGCCCUGGUGUUCCUGGCCUGCGUGGUGCUGUCCAUCCUUGCCAUCUAUGCCGGCGUCGUCAAGACCGCCUUCGACCCGCCGGACAUCCCGGUCUGUCUGCUGGGGAACCGCACCUUGUCGAGACGCGGCUUUGACGUCUGCGCCAAGGUCCACACCGUCAACAACAGUACGAUGCCCACGGCGCUCUGGGGCCUCUUCUGCAACAGCUCCAUGCCCAACGCCACCUGUGACGAGUACUUUGCCCAGAACAACGUCACGGAGAUCCAGGGCAUCCCUGGCGUGGCCAGCGGCGUCCUCCUGGAUAACCUGUGGAGCUCGUAUGCAGACAAGGGGGCGUUUGUGGAGAGGAAGGGCACACCGUCGGUGCCUGUGCCCGAGGAGAACAGAGCCAGCGGCCUGCCCUACGUCCUCACUGACAUCAUGACCUACUUCACCAUGCUGGUCGGGAUCUACUUCCCCUCUGUGACCGGUAUCAUGGCGGGCUCGAACCGGUCUGGGGACCUCAGGGAUGCCCAGAAGUCCAUCCCCACUGGGACCAUCUUGGCCAUCGUGACAACGUCUUUCAUCUACCUGUCCUGCAUCGUGCUCUUUGGGGCCUGCAUCGAAGGAGUGAUCUUACGAGAUAAGUUUGGGGAGGCCCUGCAGGGGAAGCUGGUCAUCGGCAUGCUGGCCUGGCCGUCCCCCUGGGUCAUCGUCAUCGGCUCCUUCUUCUCCACUUGCGGUGCUGGUCUGCAGAGCCUCACGGGCGCACCACGCCUGCUGCAGGCCAUUGCCCGCGAUGGCAUCGUCCCCUUUCUGCAGGUGUUCGGUCACGGGAAGGCCAACGGGGAGCCCACGUGGGCCCUGCUGCUCACGGCCCUCAUCUGUGAGACCGGCAUCCUGAUCGCCUCCCUGGACAGCGUGGCCCCCAUCCUCUCCAUGUUUUUCCUCAUGUGCUACAUGUUCGUGAACCUGGCCUGUGCCGUGCAGACCUUGCUGCGUACCCCCAACUGGCGCCCGCGAUUCAAGUACUACCACUGGGCGCUGUCCUUCCUGGGCAUGAGCCUGUGUCUUGCCCUGAUGUUCAUCUGCUCCUGGUACUACGCCCUGUUUGCGAUGCUCAUCGCUGGCUGCAUCUACAAGUACAUCGAGUACCGCGGGGCCGAGAAGGAGUGGGGUGACGGCAUCAGGGGUCUGUCGCUAAACGCUGCCCGGUUCGCCCUGCUGCGUGUGGAGCACGGCCCCCCCCACACCAAGAACUGGAGGCCACAGGUGCUGGUGAUGCUGAGCCUGGAUGAGGAACAGUGUGUAAAGCACCCCCGACUGCUGUCCCUCACCACCCAGCUCAAGGCCGGCAAGGGCCUGACCAUCGUGGGCUCCGUGCUGGAAGGCACCUACCUGGACAAGCACUCGGAGGCCCAGCGGGCCGAGGAGAACAUCCGGGCUCUGAUGAGCGCGGAGAAGACCAAGGGUUUCUGCCAGCUGGUGGUGUCCUCCAACCUGCGCGAUGGCAUGUCCCACCUGAUCCAGUCGGCUGGCCUGGGGGGCAUGAAGCACAACACGGUGCUCAUGGCCUGGCCCGAGUCCUGGAAGAGGGAGGACAACACCUUCUCCUGGAAGAACUUCGUCGAGACCGUCCGAGACACCACGGCGGCGCAGCAGGCCCUGCUGGUGGCCAAGAACGUGGACCUGUUUCCACAAAACCAGGAGCGCUUCAGCGACGGGGAUAUCGACGUGUGGUGGGUCGUGCACGACGGGGGCCUGCUCAUGCUGCUGCCUUUCCUGCUGCGGCAGCACAAGGUGUGGAGAAAAUGCCGGAUGCGCAUCUUCACGGUGGCCCAGGUGGACGACAACAGCAUCCAGAUGAAGAAGGACCUUCAGGUGUUCCUGUAUCACCUCCGGAUCAGCGCCCAGGUGGAGGUGGUGGAGAUGGUCGAAAACGACAUCUCGGCGUUCACGUACGAGAAGACGUUGAUGAUGGAGCAGAGAUCCCAGAUGCUAAAGCAGAUGCAGCUGUCCAAGACCGAGCGGGAGAGAGAGGCCCAGCUCAUCCACGACAGGAAUACCGCGUCCCAUUCAGUGGUGGCCACCAGGACCCAAGCCCCACCCACACCGGACAAAGUGCAGAUGACCUGGACCAAGGAGAAGCUGGCCGCCGAGAAGUUUAAGAACAAGGAGCCAGGCGCGUCCGGGUUCAAAGACCUCUUCAGCCUGAAGCCAGAAUGGGGAAGUCUGAACCAGUCCAACGUCCGGCGGAUGCACACGGCCGUGAAGCUUAAUGGUGUCGUCCUCAGCAGGUCCCGGGGGGCUCAGCUGGUCCUGCUGAACAUGCCAGGACCCCCCAGAAACCGGCAGGGGGACGAGAACUACAUGGAGUUCCUGGAGGUCCUGACCGAAGGACUCAACAGGGUCCUCCUGGUCAGGGGCGGCGGCCGGGAGGUGGUCACUAUCUACUCCUGACACGCUGGGCGGGCUGGGAAGUGUGCCCCGUGUGGCUUCAUAUACAAGUUUCCAGAAUGGCCCCACAGCACUCCUCUCCAGGCCGGGAGCCAGCACGCAGCUGCCGAGGUUUCCUCGUUUGGAGGGGAGACGUCGAUGCUCGAGGGGACCUGGGACGCAGCCCUCCUUCUCCUGGCCUCCUGACCUCCACACUCGGGCUGUGAGCUCCAGAUGUGGUUUCCUUGGCCCGAGCUACCUGGUUGGUUUCAUGGUUAGGUUUUAGUUCUGCCCCAUCCAAGACGCUCACGGGGAAACCUCGCUCGGGACAGAAGGUCACCCUCGGGCCACGAAGCAUCUGUUCAGGAAGGUGGCCGAGGGCCUCUUGGUCAGCCUCCUCAGCACCUGUCCCUGUAAUGUCCCUGUUCGUGUUCCUGUAAGUGAAGUCCGAGAAGAGCUGUCCACGCCUACGCCCCAGGCUCAGCCGGGCGGCCUCGCUCGCGAGCCCGCCCAGUGUGGGCACAUCUGCCCAGCCUGGCCAAGAACCC